GAGAAUACAUUAAGAAUUGGAGACCUCGGUACUUCCUGUUGAAAACGGAUGGGUCCUUCAUUGGAUACAAGGAGAAGCCGCAGGAUGCUGACCUUCCGUACCCUCUCAACAACUUCUCCGUGGCCAAGUGCCAGCUGAUGAAGACUGAACGACCAAAGCCCAACACAUUCAUCAUUAGAUGUCUACAAUGGACCACGGUCAUUGAGAGGACCUUCCACGUGGACACGCCGGAGGAAAGGGACGAGUGGACAGAUGCCAUCCAGAUGGUGGCUGACAAACUCCAAAGACAGGAGGAGGAGAGGAUUCAGUGCAGCCCCACGUCACAGAUCGACAACAUCGGUGAGGAGGAGAUGGACACCUCCACCAGCCACCAUAAACGGAAGACCAUGAAUGACUUUGACUACUUAAAGUUGCUGGGUAAGGGAACCUUCGGGAAGGUCAUUCUGGUGCGGGAGAAGGCCAGCGGCAAAUAUUAUGCAAUGAAGAUCCUCAAGAAAGAAGUCAUUAUUGCAAAGGACGAAGUGGCCCAUACUCUCACAGAGAGCAGAGUAUUAAAAAACACCAGACACCCUUUCCUAACUUCUUUGAAGUAUUCCUUCCAGACUAAGGACCGCCUGUGCUUCGUGAUGGAGUACGUCAACGGCGGCGAGCUGUUUUUCCAUUUGUCGAGAGAGCGGGUGUUCUCCGAGGACCGCACGCGCUUCUACGGCGCCGAGAUCGUCUCCGCUCUGGACUACCUGCACUCCGCCAAGAUCGUAUACCGGGACCUCAAGCUGGAGAACCUCAUGCUCGACAAGGACGGUCACAUCAAGAUCACUGACUUCGGCCUCUGCAAAGAAGGAAUCACUGACGCUGCUACCAUGAAGACGUUCUGCGGCACCCCCGAGUACCUGGCCCCAGAGGUGCUGGAGGACAACGACUACGGCCGGGCGGUGGACUGGUGGGGGCUGGGCGUGGUCAUGUACGAGAUGAUGUGCGGCCGGCUGCCCUUCUACAACCAAGACCACGAGAAGCUCUUCGAGCUCAUCCUCAUGGAGGACAUCAAGUUCCCACGCACGCUUUCGGCCGACGCCAAGUCGCUGCUGUCCGGCCUGCUCAUCAAGGACCCUAACAAAAGACUCGGAGGAGGACCGGACGACGCAAAGGAAAUAAUGCGGCAUAGUUUCUUUUCUGGAAUCGACUGGCAGGAUGUCUACGAUAAAAAGCUGCUCCCUCCCUUUAAGCCUCAGGUGUCAUCGGAGACGGAUACCAGGUAUUUCGACGAAGAGUUCACGGCACAGACGAUUACAAUAACUCCACCGGAAAAAUUUGACGAAGAUGGGAUGGACUGCAUGGACAAUGAGCGACGGCCCCACUUCCCCCAGUUCUCCUACUCCGCCAGUGGGCGGGAAUAAUUCCCCC